CAUUAACUUGUGCUGCAGAGCCAAUGCUCUACAACUUUCCAGUUUUCUUAUGAGCGAUGGAGGAAAUCUAUGAGAAUGUUAAAUAUGACAACUGUGCUGACUUAAGAGCAUCCCAGAAUCAGAGAGGUCCCAGGAGCUCAGAGAGGAGAUUUCAUGGAUCUGUUGUUCUCUGUCUGGGUCUGCUCACUGUUCUCCUGCUGGUUGGACUCAUCGGCCUCAGUGUCCACUACCAUGUCUCCGCUCAGCGUUCAGCUGCAGAACUCUCCUCUAUCAAAGCCAACCUGACUGAGCGUCUUCAGGCCAGUGACAACAAGUCCUCUUCCCUGACUGAAGAGAGAGACCUGCUGAAUGCCAGAAUCACUGAAAUGACUGAAGAGCUGGAAAGACUUCAGAGUUUGUCCAAACAGGUGAAAACCUGUCCUGAAGGAUGGAAGAUGUUUAAUUACAUCUGUUAUCUCCUCUCCACUGAGUCUGGUACCUGGGAUAAAGCCAGAGAGGACUGCAGAAACAGAGGAGCAGAUCUGGUGGUGAUAGACAGCGAGGAAGAGGAGAUGUUUCUUUUUGGGCUCGCCAAGAAACAAACUUGGAUUGGCUUGACUGACAGAGAAGAGGAAGGGACCUGGAAAUGGAUAGAUGGAACUCCACUGACUCUGAAGUACUGGGCACCAAAUCAGCCUGAUAAUGGUGGUGGAGACUCAAAGUGGGGUGAAGAGGACUGUGCACAAAUAAGAGAUGAUGACAACACCCAUUGGAAUGAUCUGUCCUGUGAAGCUCCUCUGCAAUGGUUUUGUGAAAAAUAGCAAACAUUGCUGUAUAAUUAAGAUAUGUUAUUUGUAUGUUUGUGUAUGAUUGUGCCAAAUGCCACUUGAAGCAUAUAUAUGUUAUAAUAAAAAAAUAAAUCAA